UUGCGCGUUCAGGUCGACUUUUCUUUGCACUUCGCUGUGAUGUCGACGACCUUCGUGAAGAAAGUCGGCACCACGUGUCUGUUGGGUCUGAGGAAUGUCUCCGCACGAGGACAGGUGUUGUCCGUGGCUGCCAGGCCGUACAGUCAGGCCCGGCAGCCCGUCUCCUCCGUCCGUCCUGAGACCUCCAGCGCUGCGACCAUGAUGGACAUCGGGACCCGCCGGAUCUUCAACGAGGACCAUGACAUCUUCAGGCGAAGCGUGCGGCGUUUCUAUCAAGAGGAAGUGAUCCCUCACCACAAGGAGUGGGAAAAGGAGGGUCAGGUGAGCAGGGAGGUGUGGGAGAAGGCUGCAGAGCAAGGCAUGCUGGGAGUAUCGACACCAGCAGAGCACGGCGGCAUAGGAGCAGACCUGUUUUCCAGGGUUGUCACAUGGGAGGAGCAAAUGUACUCCAACUGCUCCGGCCCGGGCUUCACCUUGCACUCGGACGUCGUCAUGCCCUACAUCUCCAACUACGGCAGCGAGGAGCAAAUUAAACGCUUCAUCCCCGAGAUGCACGCCGGGAAAUGCAUCGGCGCCAUCGCCAUGACGGAGCCGGGAGCCGGCAGUGACCUCCAGGGCGUGAAGUCGUACGCCAAGCGGGACGGCAGCGACUGGAUCCUCAACGGCAACAAGGUGUUCAUCUCCAACGGUUGGAUGGCCGACGUGGUGGUGGUCGUGGCCGUGACGGACCGCGAGGCGAAGUCGCCCGCGCACGGCAUCAGUCUGUUCCUGGUGGAGAGCGGCGCCAAGGGCUUUCAGAAGGCCCGCAAGCUGGAGAAGAUCGGCUUGAAGGCCCAGGACACGGUCGAAAUGUUUUUUGAGGACGUGCGACUCCCAGCUGAUGCCCUCCUGGGGAACGCCAACCAGGGCUUCUACCACAUGAUGAACGAACUGCCGCAGGAGCGCCUGGUCAUCGGGGCCCAGGCCAUAGCGGGCUGCGAGUUCAUGUUUGAGGAAACCAGGAGCUACGUGACGCACAGGAAGGCUUUCGGCAAGACCAUCGCUCAUCUUCAGACCGUGCAACACAAGCUGGCAGAGCUGAAGACGGAGAUCUGUGUGGGCCGAGCCUUCGUGGAUAACUGCCUGCUGCUCCACGCCGAGAAGCGCCUGGAUACGGCCACGGCUUCCAUGGCCAAGUACUGGGCUUCUGACCUCCAGAACAAAGUGGCCACCGAGUGCCUGCAGCUCCACGGAGGCUGGGGCUACAUGUGGGAGUACCCCAUCGCCAAGGCGUUCGUGGACGCCCGUGUUCAGUCCAUCUACGGAGGCGCCAACGAGAUCAUGAAAGAGCUCAUCGGCCGCAGCAUCGUGAGCCGGAAGUAAGGAAACGGGGACGUUGUCGUGGCGAUCGAGCCCUCGGGACGGUAAAACAGGGGGGGGCUCGUUAGCACAGGUGUCAAUAAAACAAUAAAUUCAACGUAAAAGGUGUUUUUGGAAAUGUUAUGGGUUGCUUGUGUCCAAUAUAUGAUUUCAAUUUGAGAUCAUUUUAUGGCAACACCUGAACAUAUCCAUAAAUUCAGUAGCUAUGAACUAUUUUCAUUGGUCGAGUUUUAUUCAGAAUCUACAUAAUAAUGACUUUAAUAAUCUUUUUGAAGUCGUGCCCAAAUAUUGUACAUUUAU